CAUAGGGCACGAGCAGAAGGCAAGGAGGCAGAGAACGUCCAUGUCUUAAGUUCUUAGUAUUUUAGGCUCUCUUUCUCUCUGUCCCGACACCAUGGCUGCUUGCCUGAGGUCCCUGAGGUACGGCCUGCCCCCGAGAGUACCUGGGAGCGGGAAUUCCGUCCGAGGAAGCGCAGAAGGAGGGAGAUUGCUGACCCGGGCUGCUGCAGGAGGGUACCGAGUGCAGGAAAGUGUGCAAAGUGCACCUUGCACACCUCUUCACCAGAGCAGCAAAUCAUGGAAUCUGAUCCAACAGCAGCAACACCUGGAAGAAGGAUCAUACUCAGCUCCAGAUUUAGCUCUUGGCGAAUCACCAAUCACAAUGUUGGAAGUAUCUGAUUGGUUACAUAAAUUACAGGCUGAACCGGUGGGCCUGGACGUGACCAGUGUAUUUCGAUACAGCAAUGCAGUAGGAGAACAUUUCCAUUCUUUUGACCCCCUAGGUGUUGGCAUCAGUCCAGUUUCUCAAAGUGUAGAUGAAAUUCAGAUGAAUGUAUGCACAGCAGUAGUUUGCCACGAUGACAACACCAGCGUGAGAACGUUCCAGCUCCCUCCAAAUGCUCUCUGGUACCCUCUAGGAUCCAAGCAAGAAGGAGAUAAAGUAGUUUGCUCAUUGAAGUACAGUCCAUUAGAAGAUAAAGUUUUUGAGGAAUUAUCUCCAUCGAUUCAGUAUUUUGAUCGAGAAGUCCCAUUACAAGUUGGGGACACUUCACCCACACCUGUGCAGCUCCAAGAAAUUGCAAAAGAAGAUACUCUGUUUGUUAGUGACGUGACUCAAGAAAAUACUGUCUACUGCAGUGAUAGGAGUCCCAGUCAGUCAGACUCCGAGAUGACGGGUCCUUCAGGAAAGCCAAGCAUGGAGCAGCUCACUAUUAUUUUUGAUGUUUUAAGCGAAACGUUGCCAAAAUUGUUUAUUCAACCAAUGGACUACAAAAUAUAUUCUCAAGACAUCGUUUUUGAGAACCGAAUCAGAGGGACUGUCACCACAGGUUUGAUGGCAUAUGUGAAACAGGUUGCGCUUCUUCGAACAGUUGGCCAUUUGAAGUUUGCUUUUGUCAAGUUUGAAAUCCUGAAAAUGACUAAGCAUCCUGAAGAUGGAACAGUCAGAGUGCGUUGGAGAAUAAAAGGGCUCUCCGGCUUGAAGCUUCAUUAUAUCGCAUCAGACCGCCAACAUAGUGUCUUAGAAGGGUGUUCAGGAUUGCUUGUGUCAAUUGGCCUUUCCAGUGUUUCCAUUCAAGUACAUGGUGAAAGUAUUAUAGUGGAAAAAAUGGAAUUGUGUGAAAUUCAGAGGAUUACUGUGAUCAUGACAUUAGAAAUGGGAAAGGUUCUAAUUGUCCCUAAGCACACUCAGCCAAUCAAGCACUCUAAUAUCAUGGUUAUCCAAAUGAGUUUUGACACUUUUUUGGCUGUAUGGCAGGGAGCUCCAUCACGUAUGAAAAUGCAGUCAUUACCCGAAAACCACGAAGUUGAGGCAGAAGACGUCUAUCAAAGAUGUUGCAGACGUCUAUCAAAGAUGUUACAACGUCCAUCUAAUCUUCCAGUACCCAUGGCAGAGGGAGCUCCAUCACGUAUGAAAAUGCAGUCAUUACCCGAAAACCACGAAGUUGAGGCAGAAGACGUCUAUCAAAGAUGUUACAACGUCCAUCUAAUCUUCCAGUACCCAUGGCAGAGAGUUCGUGCGGUGCAGUUCGAUGCCACACAUCUUCACGUGAACGAAAAAUACCUUGUAUCAGAGAACAGCAACAAAUAUGGCGACCGCUGGCGUGACUUCGGAGCUCAUUUUUAG